AUGCGGCACAAAGCACGUUUUAUUUACGAUCCCGGACGCUCCGCGUCUGAUCCUGAGCAACUGGAGAGCAUGGUGUGCACACACAGCAGCGGGGAUGAGGACACGAUCGACCUAAACACACCUAUCACCUCUCCAAUCAACCAAAAGACAUCAAAAUUUGCAGCGGAUGCUCCGCGUCUGAUCCUGAGCAACUGGAGAUCAUGCGGAUGCUCCGCGUCUGAUCCUGAGCAACUGGAGAGCAUGGUGUGCACACACAGCAGCGGGGAUGAGGACAUGAUCGACCUAAACACACCUACCACCUCUCCAAUCAACCAAAAGACAUCAAAAUUUGCAGCGGACGUUUCGUCGUCUGAUCCUGAGAAACUGGAGAGUAUGGUGUGCACACACAGCAGCGGGGAUGAGGACACGAUCGACCUAAACAUACCUACCACCUAUCCAAUCAACCAAAAGACAUCGAAAUUUGCAGCGGAUGCUCCGCGUCUGAUCCUGAGCAACUGGAGAGCAAGGUGUGCACACACAGCAGCGGGGAUGAGGACACGAUCGACCUAA